AUGCUCGCUCAGCGAGAGCACGCCGGUUAUCCGAAUGUGGAUCUCGGUGGUGCGGCUCCCGUUCUCGACAAAAAUGGAAAGCCUCUUCGUGGAAAAGCUGCUCCACCAUAUGUCGAAAAUGGAGUAAUCAUUGGUCGCUUCAAGUUCAUCAAAAUGAUUGGCGGGGGUGGUUUCGGCCAAAUCUACAGAGUUGUUCAUAUUGAAGACGGGAAUCUGAUUGCUGCCGGAAAAAUUGAACCGCAGGGACAAGAUCAGGGUCGAAUGAUUCUUGAAUGUCAAGUACUGGUGUUGAUGCGAGGCAAACAUCAUUUCCCUACCAUGUAUUGUUCCGGUGACUAUGGUCGAUUCAACUUCAUAAUUAUGGAGCUGCUUGGUCGCAAUCUCACGGAUAUUCGCAAACGGACUCGGAACAAACGCAUGAGCGUGAUCAGCACUUUUAAGAUUGGAAUUCAAUCAACUGACGCUUUCGAGACGCUUCACCGCGAAGGUUACGUACACAGGGAUAUCAAGCCAUCAAAUAUGUGCGUUGGUCAUGCGGAUCGCGGGAACACCGUCUACUUGGUGGAUUUUGGAAUGGCACGACGUUUUCUCAACAAAAAUGGAAAUAAUUUCCGGCCACCACGUCAUUAUGCAGCUUUUCGAGGAACGAUGCGCUAUGUGUCUAUUCGAGUGCAUGAACGUCGCGAGCAAACUCCUACCGAUGACUUGAUCUCUCUUUACUACACUCUCAUUGAAUUGUGCGAGGGUUCUUUGCCUUGGCGAUUGCUCACCGAUCACGACGAGAUCUUAACCCAAAAGCUUCGCUAUGACAAACACAAACUUUUCAUGUACACCCCUAAAGCGAUGGAAGAGUUCUAUGAGCACAUUAACAAUCUUUCCUACAACGAGAUGCCUAACUAUGACAAGAUUCGAGAGAUUUUUCAAAAAUGUUUGCCGUACGGAGUCCGUUGUGACGAUCCGUUUGAUUGGGAUGAGGACGUCUCUAGCUGUUAUCACGAU